AUGUCCGGAUUCGAAGUUGUUGGUGUCGUGCUCGGUGCCUUCCCACUAGCUAUAUCAGCAUUCGAGGGAUAUCGCAAGCUUGCCACGAAGAGAAAGCUCUUUCUUGAAUUUGGAGCAGAAUACCAGAGGAGCAUCAUUAAACUGAACUUUAAUAAAGUCCGCUUUAUAGGCAGUCUGAAACAGUUACUCCUACCAUUAGCCAUCCCCGACGAUGAGAUUCAUUUUCUCCUGCAUGAUCCAGGGAUCGACUUGUGGAGAAAUCCUCGCAUAGCAGUUGUACUCCAAGCCAGACUACAGGAUUCGUGUUCUCUAUAUUUGAAUACAGUUCACAGCAUACAUCUCACAAUGGAAGAAGUCAAUCGCGAACUGGCAAUACAUAAGGCGUUCUACGCUGUGAUGGACCAAAAUGAGACCAAAGACGGAGCACCUGGCAGCAUCCCUACCAAGUCGAAGAAUCCACUCAGCAAAGCAAAUCGAGAGUACCAAAUGUACAAACUUAAGUUCAGCAAUGGCAAAAGAAAUCGUGAACGGCUAUUUGAGCAACUUGGCAAAUUCAACGAUCAACUGGAGAUGUUGCUGUCUAUAAGUGACGUAGACUCCGAUCUCCAAAAAGCACGAAACGUGGCUAUGAAAAGCGCCACUGCCUCUGUCACCCAGUCCGCUAUUUGCAAGUUCUGGCAUUUCGCCUCCCAAUUCUAUCAAACAUUACUGAUGGCAUGGAACUGCAACUGCCUUGAACAACAUUACGCCCAUUUUCUCCUACAGCACAGAACCUCAGCCACUAAAGACAUCAAAGUAGUUCUCAUGCCACUUUUAUCAAGUGAGAGAGGACAGUGGCCAAGCCGACAAUUAAAUAUAGAAGUGAGGGACAAGUCUAGCACAAGAAUCCCAGACACGAGCAACGCCAAUUUCAUCAGCCCGGCCAUGCACAUCCACGACAACGACCGUUCCGACGGCUCGAGAGUGCUGGACGACGUCAAAGGCAAAGGUAAAAGCACUUUGGUCGUUCCUAUCACUGUCGCACAUCAGAGUCUCUGCGCCGAUAUCUCUGGAGGCGAGAAGAAGCCGAUUGCAAGUCUCUGCAAAACAAUGGCAGAAGAGGCUGAUUCGAUUUGUGCUAGCUACCUCCAAGACAACGAGCGACGAUAUUACCUUUAUCCAAGCGAUGACAGCUGUAACAACUACAGCCCAUCGCCGGUGACGUUGAGUGACCUGCUCUCGGGCAAAGUCGGUCAGAUGCCCACACGAAGGCAGCGUUACAGUCUCGCAUUGAUCUUGGCAUCCUCGUUCCUACAGCUCCAUGGAUCGCCAUGGAUGGUGGUGCCUUGGGGCAAGUCUAGCAUCUAUUUCCCACGAGAACCCGAGUCUCUGAAUUCCAUUCUGCUUGACCACGUGUCACUUGCUCGAGGGUUCUCUAGUAGUCCAAUAAAUGGUGAUACACAGGAGUCUCCGGCAUUGGAACCGCCAGUUGAAAUACAGGGGUUAGAUUCACUUGCGAUCCUUCUUCUAGAGCUCUGCUUUGGUCGCCCUAUAGAAGAUCAUAGGAGUAGGAAAGGUAUUACGCUUGGCGAUGGCCAGGCAAGGGCCGCGCUAGAUUUCGUUGUCGCCUGGACUUGGCAUAGAGAAGUAAACGAUGAAGCCGGCGAUGACUAUGCUGACGCGGUCAAAUGGUGUCUCACUUGCUGCAAGUCCGCUCCCGUUGGCAACUGGAGGAAAGAGAUGAUUGAGAACGUAAUUGCACCUCUGGAACGGUGUUGCAAAUAUUUCAGAAACGCAUUAGUAUAG